UUUUUAAAGCAAAAAGUCAAAUAGCGCGCGCGCAGCGCGCGCUUGUAAUGUUCUAGUAAACUUGAAAAAUUCGAUGACAAUAAAUAGCUAAAACUGCAAGGUAAAUUUUCACUCGUAAAAUAACACGUUAAAUAUUUUAAGCUUAACAUUUACAUUUUACGGUCGUUUAAAAUGCAAUAUCGAAAUAAUUGGGUCAAAUGAGUAUUCCUCGAAAUUUUCUCAAAGAGCAGUUUGCUUGGAGCUUAAAGCAAAAUAAGAUUAGAGAAGAUUAGGAUCUCCGGCACUUUAAUACACUCCGUAUAAAACUUUCCCCCGGAAUUGACACACAUUUUGCAUACGAUUUAUCGCAUGCACUUUUUUGAGGUCAACUUAAUAUAGAUAGAAAAAAGCGCGAAGUUUGCCGCACGAAAAACCGAGAUCCAUCAAGAUUAAUGUCGCCAAUGCCUUACACGCUUUAUGGCGUGUUUAUUAACUUCUGCCCCAGAUGAAGAUUUCGCGGCGAUGUCGGAUUAUUCUUUGGAUUCUCUAGAAAGCAUUGAGGAUGAUUCCUUGGAGAAACGCAUUUCGAUUAAUGGUGAGAAUAACGAUAACCUGGAAACGAUCAAAUCCGACAACACAUCUGUCGAGAACGCAUCAUUUCAAUUAAUUUCCGAAUUAGCAACAUCACUCCAGAGUAAAGGUAUUAAAAAACAAUAUAAAUUCGAUAUAAAUUCAAUUUUUGUGAAUCAAUUUCAAGAGGAGAGAAAUUCAAUAACAAUUGUAAUGCAAUAAAGUAUCUAACAUAUCUUCGUUGAAAUUUUACUUUUUUGGAGAAGUCGAUAUUCUUAUAGGAGGAAUUAAUAAACUAAAUCAGUUUUCUUAAUCAAUUCGCGUUUCACGCGUCAAAUUAAGAGAAAAUCACAAAUUGAAAGGCAAUACAGUUAUGAUAAUACAAUAUCCGAUAUUUGCAAAUAAUAUUAGAUUUGGUUAAAAUAUUACUCUUCCUCAAGAUCUCUCGAAGAGCGCAAAUAUAAUGCCGCGGGAAUAAAAUCCUAUAUUAUCAUACUGUAUUGUAAACGGCUCUUAUUUCUCCUUCGUUAACGGGAGAUAAUUGCGUGCAAGAGUUACACGCAACACGCGUAAACAAUAAAAAGACGGGGAAUAGCGGCAGCGGCUCGCGACGGCGAACGAGCGAGAGACGAUCCGCGUAAUGCGAUUCGAUUCGCUGUAAUCCGGCAAGUCGCGGCUUUCGGUCGACAGACGGAUAACGCGCGCUAAUUAAUUAAUGAUCGGCGCAGAGAGUAUCGUCGACGUGGCGGCUGUCGGGAAGUCGAUCGAAAGUUCGACAGCAGUCCGAGAACUCGCGCGCGCGGAAGCGAGUGCGAAACCGAUCGAUCGCCUCGUUAACGACAGUACCAAUUAUAUAAUAUAAAACGUAAUAUCCGCGGCCGAUUCCCCGUGCGGUCGUUUGCGGUAAUGUAAAACUCCGCGGGAUAAUUAAAGCGACGGACAAAGUUAGGUGGGAUAAAGUAGCGCGGGCAGUAACGUGAAUGGCAAGGAAAUCCGCUAUUGAUUCUAGCGACGGAAAAAAGGGACGGCGGAGAAGGGUGAGAGAAUAAGAGAAUUUUAUUAUGUUCCGGGCGAAAAUAUGCUGGAAACGUUGACGAGAGACAAGUAAUUAGUGUUGCACGUGCAGCUCUGACAAGAGCUUUAUAAUAGCUACUAAAUGUUGAGUGAAGUAAUGCCAAUUAAAUAUUUGGUUAAUCAAAUAAAAAAUAAUUUUAUUGGCUUCCCUAAAUAUUUGGUAAGUCUUACUAAAAUAUUACAAAAUUUAUUUCGACUUAUUAAAUAUUUAGAUCUAAAUUGGAGAAAUAAAAAAAGGAUAAAACUAUUCUCAGUUAUAUUAGUCAAAUAUUUAAUUGGCAUUAUUUCACUCAACAUUUUCGACCAAAUUUUUUUUUUUUAACGUACUAGUGUAAGCCAACCGAAUUCUAGUGCAGUGAAACGCGCAGUGAAAUGCUAAUAAGUGGAAAAAUGACACGGGUACAAAUUGCGUUAACGUCAAUUGUAGAAUGUCAAGAGAAGCGUCUGUUUCGCGACGAUACGGGCUUAUUUAGUUUCUUUGCGCAAAUAAUACGGCUCCCAGAAUUAAGGAGCGCAUUCUAAUCACGCAUCCUGCUGGCAAUCUUUUAGACAAUAUGGCGGGAGUCAACUGUACCGUACGUGAGGACAGGUGCACCGACGGCAGGAAUUCGAUAAUUACGAGCGGAAGAGGAUUCGCUCGACGACAACAGGAAUGCCGCGCGACUCGGGAAGAACCGUGGCUUUGCAUAAGAAAGAGGAACGACGUUGGAGAACGGCGUACGGGAGAAGGCGACGCGAGUCGUCGUCGCCGUCGUUCUCGACAUACGACGACAACGACGGCGACGACGACGAGGGAGAUGGAGCGACGUUCCCCGGGGGCGCAAAAUUCUUCGUCAAAAUGCAGUCUGCGCGACAGCGGGGGCGGUAUGAGAGCGGGCAAAAAGCUCGGCAACGUUUUCGUACCGACGUGGAUCCGGAGAGGACCGGCCAGGACCACGUCGUACUCGGAGCUUUACCAUCGCAGAUUCAAUGUCCCGAGGUACAUGCGUAUCCAGUCCCCGGAGGGUUCCACCCUGUCGAUUUGCGGCGACAGUCAGCUCGAGGAGCUCAGCUUGGAUGAGGGUCGCUCGUCCCUUCCGGGCACCUCAAGGGACGACAACAGCGAACUUAGCUUCUAUCGUCGCUUUGUCGAAGAUCACGCUGCUCGCGUGACGUGUACUGGACGAUCCUGCGAAAUACUGAGCAGAGGAAUACCUUCGAAUACCGAACGUAGCGUGUCGGACAGUAAACUGAAGAAGCCGACGUAUCGUCCAUACACCAUCGAGGAGUACAGGAGCCUAUCGAUGCCGAGACCUGAUCGAUCUCUGGGUCCCGAUAAAGAUGGGGUGCUCGCGAAGAGAGAAUGGCUGAUGCGCCGGAGAUCGUACGGAGACUCGGUUAGCGCGCGCAAUCGCGAACAGAUACUGCAGCGAACGAGAAGAUUCAAGUCGAGACGCGCCAUCGCUCAAAAAUGUUUCUUGCCUCCUUUGAAGGAUUGGGACGCCGCCGCAUCAAAGAACCAUGAAAGUACGAGAAUUCCUGAGACGAAUAACGUGACGCAGGAAAGUUUCGUAAAACCACUUGCCGUUCGCUCGAAGGAAAGGAUCGCCGUGGACAAAGUGUCGCGGUCCCGAAGGAGCGAAACGUUCGAGGAAACGUUGAGUUUCGGUUCGUCUACCGUGUUACAUGUCUCCCGCGAAAACGCGUAUUUGGAGACGUUGCAACAGCGUCAUUUGCAGGAAAAAGAACUGGUAGAUCGUCUUAUGCGUCAAGUAUUGAACUCUUGAUCAUGAUUGCUUCGUGUAGGAAAAAAACAGCGUAAAAGUCUCUACAGAUAUAAUUUUUAAACAUUUGCUGUCACAUUUAUACACUCAGUUUAUUUAAUUAUUUUUUAAAUAAUUACUAAUCGGUAUUUUACCGCGAUUCGCUUGCCAUAUUAUCAUAUAUAGCAAUCAAUACCGAAUUACUUAAUGCUUUAUACACAAAUAAAGCUGUUUGAAAUAUUUUCGCGUUACAAGUACAAUUAAUUUGAAUAAACUAUAGGCUAUUUAAAUAGGCCAAUUUUAAAUCUAAUAUCUAUUUCAAGAAUAAAAUCUAGAUUAUUUAAUCCAAACAUUAUUUAUACGAACAAAUUUAUGAUGAUUAUUUUAAGCCAAAUUUGUGCGUUCUAAAGAGAAUAAAAUUAUACAAUUGUAAUAAACAAAGAAGCUCUAACUUUGUUAAAAAAAUCUUAUUACUUAUUCUUUUUCCAUUAACGUUUUAUUUUGUUCAUGGCGUAAAAUUGGAAAGAGUUUAAUAAUAUUAAUAUUAAUUUAAUCUUCAUUUUUCGAUCACAAGCAAAAAAGAAUUGUUUUAAAUUUAAAACUGUUUUAUUUUGUUAUAGAUUUCAUUAUUUGUUUUUUGUCUUAAGCAAUUAGAUAAAACAAAUUAGCUUUUGGAAUAAAUAUUAUUAUUUUAUAUGCAAUAGUUACGCAUGGAUAAUCAUCUGUGUAAAGCUGCGUAAAUUCGGAAACAUUUCUCAUUGCACAUUAAAUUUUCCAGCAAUUUAAAUAUAAUUUGUCUACCAUCUCCCAACCAAAAGCGCGAAAGUAAUAUAUGAACCGAACUGAUCGAAUAAUUGAGUUAAUAGCAAUGAUAUCAACAUGAUUUAUUUAUUAAAUGUGUGUAAAAUUUAUAUACCUGGAAUGUAUACAUGCAAAAAGAGAAGAAAUAAAUUAUUUUUUCUUUCGAGGAGAAAUUGUAUAUAGAAUAGAUUUAUUCUACUGAUUGUAAAAUUAUUUUACUGAAAAGUAUUUCUAUUAUAUUUUUUAAAAGUUUAUUGUAUUUUCUCGUUUUUAUUGCCACGUAAUAUAGUGGUAACGAGUGAAUAGAAGGUUUAAACUUAUUUUAAAUAUCCCAAUAUUAUGCAGUCGCAUAGAUAAAGUUUAUACAUAGAUAAUUUGUUAAAAUAUAUUACAAUACAUCGAAACUUCUCGCACGAGCAGCCAGUAAAAAAACGAUAUUAUCGGAUUAUGUUGCAUUUCACAGAUAUGUAUUUCAAAAUUCAACUCAAAGAUAUUUGUUUAUAUUUCAUGUUAUAAUAUAAGAAAAUAAUGGUUGUAAAAUAAAAGUUGUAAAAACAUGAGCGUAUGUUAUUUGUGUAUAUUACUUGAAAUUUGAAAGAUGCAUGAAAAUAUAGCGAAUAUAGCAAGUAGUUGCAGUUGUUGCUGCGUAAGGUUGACACGAUUUUUCCUCAUUUUAAAUUCGCGUUGCAAGUGUCGAAUGUACGUUAUAUGUACUUGUGUGCCGCGCAUGUGAUAAAGUGCGACUGGCAAUCGUCAUCUGCGAUUCAUUCGACAAAAGUGUUGUUUGAAUAAAAAAAGGUAGAUGCGCAUCCCACAUUUGUCAGCUGCUGUCUCGUAAAUGGUACAUAUUCAUUCCUUCAUAUAUUAUAAUAUAAUCGCGGGAUAUGCAUUCGUGCGGAUUACAUGAGAUUGAACGCAUCAACAGGGUGAUUCCAAUCGUUUUGCGGUCCGUUUCGUCGUUUCUCCGUUUGCAUAAUUCGACAGUUUCAUUUCUCGAAGGAUUCCGCGAUUCGAACGGAUACCCGUGGUACCGCGAAUCUCGAUCGUUUACCCUUUUCUCAAUCGAGAAAUCUGAAUAAGAAACGCUGGCGACAGAGCUACGUUCGCAUUUUCGAAAUAUCACGAGAUAUCAGGAUAUUUGCCUUCAAUUUUAAUUUGCAUAUUUAUUAACUUAUGAUAAAAUAAUCUCUAUAAAAAAUAAGCGUGAGUUUCUCAUUGUUCAAUAGCCGAAAAGAAAGUGAAGUGAGGAGCAGAUGCGUGGUGACGAUAAUUAUACGUAACGCGAAGUUAGCCGCGCAAAUCCCCCCGUCGCAAUCCUGAAUGCGCUUCCUUAGUUGCGCUUGUGCUUCAUUUGCAAAACGUUGCCGGGUAUAUAGCGAAUGUGGUUUUUCGCGCGGGAUCCUAUUUUUCCUGCUGUCACAACGUGAUUAAGUGGCCGUCGUGUGCGAUUAAUAUCGAGAGUGUCGCGUACAAAGUGCCGCGGUCGUCGUUGUUGUAUUCCAGUGAUUAAUGCACGCUUAAUCGUAAUUAACGUAUUUUCGCGAACAGAUGUUGUGUGAGCGCUAUAAAGAAGUAACAAUGGGGAAACAAGAGAAGAAGAAGAGGGGGAGGAGGAUAGGGAGGCAUCGGGUGACGGCGGAGCAACUGCGGGGUGAGAUUUUCAUAAUCUAUUCCAUUAUUCGGUCUCGGUGCAAGUAAUUGUUCGUUUACGCAGCGGUGCAUUUUGAGCUGCGUAAUAUAAUAAUGCUGCACAUAAUAUAUUA